AUGAAGAGUACUCAGAAACAACAAACGCUUGCUCGAUUCUUUGGCAGCCAGAGCAGCCAGUCUACUGCAGCGAAGAAACGGUCGAGGAGUCCGACUCCUGAAUCGUCCAACAAGGUCUUGAAGAGCGACGAUACCCCGAAGACCAGUGCAGACGAGCUGGAGGACGCAAAGGAGCUGCUCAAGAUGGAGCCCGAUGUGAAGGUUCCUGAUCUGCCUGUGGGCAAGCCGAUCCCGUACAGCAAGCUAUGUGAGGUUUUUGAGGCCCUCGAAAACGAGCCCGGCAGACUCAAGUGCAUUGAGAUUGCUUCAGAGCUGUUCACCCACGUCCUAAGCAUUUCCGAGACACAGGAGGACCAGAUCCGCAACCUUGUCGAGGUCAAUUAUCUCACGAUCAACCGGGUGAGUCCCGACUACGAGGGACUGGAACUGGGAUUGGGCGAGACUCUGCUGAUGAAGGCCCUUGCCUCUGGCACAGGACGUUCGAUGCAGCAGUUGAAAGAGGACAUGGGCGAAUACGGAGACAUUGGUCUCGUUGCGCAAAAGUCGCGUUCCAAACAGAGUCUGAUGUUUAAACCCAAACCUCUCACUGUGAGCCAGGUGUUUAACAACCUGAAGCAGAUCGCUGGGCUUUCGGGCUCGUCCUCGCAGAACAAGAAGCUGGCCAUGAUCAACAAGAUGCUCACAUCGUGCGACUCCCGCGAGGCCAAGUUCCUCAUGAGAUCGCUCGAAGGAUCGCUGCGUAUCCAGUUUGCAGAAAAGUCUGUGGUGGUGGCUCUGGCCAAAGCUCUUGCAGAGAACGAGAUGAGACAGAAGGGCAAGAAGAUCAAUCCCGACGUGCUCGCCCAGGCCGAUGAGCAGAUCAAAGAGGCGUUCUCGCAAGUGCCGAACCACGAGCUUAUCAUCGAGACAGCCAUCAAAUACGGCGUUCUCAACCUGAUGGAUCACUGUACAUUAAAACCCGGCAUUCCUGUCAAACCGAUGCUUGCCAAGCCUACCAAGUCGAUCACCGAGAUUCUGGACCAGUUCGAAAACCAGGAGUUCACGUGCGAGUAUAAGUACGACGGAGAAAGAGCACAGGUGCACUUGCUACCGGACGGAACGCUAAGAGUCUACUCGAGAAGCUCAGAGAACAUGACCCAGCGAUAUCCCGACCUGAUUCCGGUGGUGGAGGAGCUCAAGCGUCUGAAUCCUGGUGUCGAGUCGUUUAUUCUGGACUGCGAGUGUGUUGCUUGGGAUAAGAAGCAGGAGAAAAUUCUACCUUUCCAGAUCUUGUCUACACGGAAAAGGAAAGACGUUAAGGAGGAAGACAUCACCGUUCAGGUUUGUCUGUUUGCGUUUGACAUUCUGUUGUACAAUGGCGAGUCGCUAAUCAAAAUGUCUCUCAAGGAGCGCCGGGAGUACAUGUACGACAACCUGAAGGUGAUUCCUGGCAAGUUCAGGUUUUCUGAGAAGUUGGAUUCCUCUGAUUUGGACGUGAUCACCAAGUUCUUGGACCAGUCUGUGAAAGACGCCUGUGAGGGACUCAUGAUCAAAACUCUUAAUGGACAGGACAGUUUAUACGAGCCUUCCAAACGGUCGCGCAACUGGCUGAAGCUCAAGAAAGAUUACUUGGAAGGUGUUGGAGACUCUUUGGAUUUGGUGGUGAUUGGAGCCUAUGUUGGAAAAGGAAAGAGGACAGGAGGAUACGGAGGGUUUCUUCUUGCGAGCUACAACACCGACACAGGAGAAUACGAGGCCAUUUGCAAGAUCGGAACAGGUUUCAGCGACGAGAUGUUUGCAACGUUGACCGAGAAACUGAAACCCACGGAGGUUGCCGAGCCAAAGGGGUCCAUCAUAUACGACAAAACAAGCUCCAGAGGUGCUCCGGAGAUUUGGUUUGAGCCCACAAUGCUUUUCGAGGUGAAGGUGGCAGAUUUCACAGAAAGUCCCGUGUACAAAGCAGGUGCCAGUCUGUUGGGUGACGGGUCCAAGGGCGUUUCUUUGCGGUUCCCGCGGUUUAUCCGCAUCAGAGACGACAAGGCGCUCGAGGACGCCACUUCCAGCGAGCAGAUCGUGGAGCUGUACGAGAAACAGGCCAACCUUAAUUAG